AAAUUUAAAUUUGGUUUCAACUUUCUCCCAAAAGAGUAAACUGCUGACGCUGUUGAUCUCUCCCAAUUCUCCUCCUCGCUUGAUAACCCCUCUCUUUCAGUUUCACGCUUGCCUUCGCUUCGAGCAAGUGACAAGGAGAUCGAUCGCAGGUUUGCAGUUUGCUGAGACCGUCACUCUCCAUUGCUCUCUCCACAGCACCCGACAGGAGAAGAUUUGCGGUUUGCUAUUCGUCCCACAUUCCGUUUCGUACGAGUUUCUCUUUUCCCCCAAUUUGCUACUUCUCCAUUCUCUUAAAGAGAGAGACAGAUGGCUUGAAUAACCCUCUGUGUACAGUACCUUUCUGGAGCUUGAACAGGUAUCUGAUAUGGACAGCCUAGUGGACUCUUUAAAUAACGCAUAUCAGGAGUUUGUUGCUGGAGCAGCUAAUGUCCUUGAAGCAAACGAAGCCUCUGGGGCUCAGAAGACAGCAGCAACAGAUGCCGCUCUUGAGAAUUUUAAACAAAAAUGGGAGCUAUUCAGGGUUGCUUGUGAUCAAGCAGAGGAGUUUGUGGAGUCUGUGAAGCAAAGGAUAGGAUCAGAGUGCCUUGUUGAUGAAGCCACUGGUUCACUAGCUGGCAAGUCUGGGCAGGCCGCCACCACUGGCAUUCCUCCGAUCAGUGCUGUUCGGUUGGAACAGAUGAGCAAAGCUGUGAGAUGGCUCGUGAUUGAGUUGCAGCAUGGCUCAGGUGCUGCUGCUUCUGCUUCAGCACACUCUCAUCAGUCUGCUCCUUUUGAUGCUAGAUUUACUGAGGAUGCAACCCAAUAGGUACCCUAUCAUAUGAGGCCAUACUUAACAAGUAUUUUGUGUUUUGCUUGAAAUGACUCUUUGAGGGGGCGGGGCAUUUACUGUGUAAGAUAAUCUUCUUGAACUUCGACUGAACAUGAAAAAGUGGAUCCAUUUCUUCUGUAUCUACCGUUAACUAAUAUAGUUUCAUGUUCUUUGUACUUUGUUUUUCGUGGAGGUUGGGUGGGGAGAAACUGUUUCUAGUAUGUAUACGUAAUUUUUAUGUGGAUGUGGGGACUCGAAAACUCUUAACUUAGUCGAGAACGUGUCUUAAUCACUGAGCUAUGCUCAGGUUGACGAGUUUGGAUUCAUCAUGAUGAAAGUUGUCUCAAGUUUGUGGAUUUGGUUUCA